GGUGGUUGCGAAGUGACGUUUAUUUUCCGUCUUUCCCGGAAGAGAAGCGGCUUUCUUCUUCAUAGCUGGAAACGUUGGAGAUUCGCGCAGCACAAUUUUCAAAGCACACAACGAAGAGCCAUGGUGUGCAUUCCUUGCAUCGUCAUUCCAGUUCUGUUGUGGGUCUACAAAAGGUUCCUCGAGCCGUAUCUCUAUCCCUUCAUCUCUCCUUUCGUGAAGCGCAUUUGGCCCAAGAAAGCAGUCCAGGAAACGGCAAAGUGUGACCAAAAGAACAGCUCUGAAAAUGGAGGCGAUUUAGUGAAGCAGGAUUCCUUCAACGAUCAGCCAGAACUUUGUAAAACCAAAAGCAAUGGCAUUGCAAAUGGAUUUUCUGGAAUUGGGCCCAAAGAAGACUCUGACAAAAAGAUGGAUUAGUUACGCUUCUGCUACGGGAUCAAGGCUGUUAUAGGAAAUGAACUCACAGCGUUGUCCCCACAUGGAUAUUUUACUGAUUGCACAUUUACCUGAAUGGAAAUUUGGAAUAUGUAUAACCCAUCACCCCAGGGAGACUUGGAAUAGUUCUAGCUAUGUCCUUGAAAAUAGUUUUAAUAUAUUGUCUUGCUGUUGUUGAAAAUUGGGGUGGCUGGAACCCUAAUGUGCUGUGCAAUAGAAGAGUGUUAACAAUUUUAGUGUCCAUAUUUUAUUAAAACCGUAACUGUCAAUUUUGCUACUUGUUUCAAAAAAAAAUCCUAAAAACCUUCGUUGAUGAUGAUCCAUAGGUUUGUUUGUUUUUUUGAAGCAAAAGAUCAUACUCACAGUAGCUAAAAAGAAAGCAGCAUUGUAAAACUUUGAACACUAAUGGUGUAUGUAUUGAUCGCUACUAAUUUGCUGUUUCUAAAUUAGCAUCUGCAGAGCUGCCCUUUUGCCGAUUCCUCACAAAGGUAUAGAAAACUUUUUAAAAGCAGAUAUUUUUUGGUGGGGGGGACAAUACCAAUACAAUGUCACAAAGGGAAAAUAUCCUUUUUGGAAGUUUUUAUGCAAAUUCCUGUAUUUUGGUUGAUCAUGUCUACCUCCCUAAUUAGAAUAACACCCAAGACUGCCAUAGCAGCAAAUAAACCUUACUGUUUAUUGUUGUAACUGUAUUAUUUUAUCUGCCGUGUAGUUUUUCAAUUGGUGCAUUCUAAGAUCUGCGUAUGUUUUUCAUGAAGUCAUAGGGAAGUUCUGUCUCCCAUAUGAAGUGAAGAUUGCACUUUAGGAUAUGCCCAUGACACCUUUUCAAUUCAAGACAGAUGGGUGAUUGGAAAAAAUUCUCUGGGGUUAGAGAGUUUAUUGUUUAUCUGAGAUCUGUGUUAGUGAAUAAGGAGACUACAACCCUUUGCCUAGGAAAAAUGCAAAUUUAACUGAUUUAGAAUUUGAAUAAAGUGUGAAAGCAAUAUACU